CCACCCACAACAGGAACAGAGACUGGGUAUUACAGAACAACGAUGAAAACGGAACCAGCUUCUGAAAGUACCUGCAUGGAGAAAACGGUGGUUAGGAAAACGGAUGAUAUGACAGACUUCAUGGAUGACUUAACCCUCAGCUCACCGAAGAAGAGAGAGUCGUCUUUGAGAUCGAAGAGAAGUUGUGAUAGGUCAUCAACAAGGUCAUCUAGCAGAUCCUCUUGCAGUUCACGGUCCACUUCAAGUAGUUCCUCUUCAGCUUCCUCCAGGAGUUGCAGCCGGUCCAGAUCCCGGUCAAGGUCAUGGGCUAGAAGAAAUGGUUCCCGAAGGUACAGAAGAUACUCUCGUUCGUAUUCCAGAAGCCGAUCGAGAUCACGUGGCUACAUCAGGUACCGAGCAAGGUACCAUGCCAGGCACUAUAGGAGGUACCACCGCUCUCCCCCGAGGUACAGAUCACGCAGUAGAUCGUGGUCUCGUGGAAGAUCGUAUUACAGAAGGUCCUAUUCGAGAAGCAGAUCACGUUCAAGAGGCCGAAGAUACUAUGGAUUUGGACGAACAAUUUAUCCCGAGGCUUACAGGAGCUGGAGAAGCAGGUCACGAACAAGAUCUCGGAGUAGGUCACCUCUCCAUUUGAGUGAAAAAGAUAAGAGGGAACUUCUGGAAAUUGCGAAAGCUAACGCUGCAAAAGCUCUGGGAACAGAUAACAUAAUCUUGCCAGCAAGCUUGAAGAUUCUUCCUCAUCGCAAAGAGAUAAAAACUGAAAAACAAGAGCAUGAAGAUCCUGCAGAGUCAGCUGAGCAACCCAGAAGACUAGCAGAAGACAUGACCAAGAGUGGAAUGGAGAGAGCAACCAUACAGAGGAGCAUUUCUUUCAGUCCUAAUAACACAAUGGCAAAACCAGUACUACAGAAGCCAGCAAGCCAUGUUGUUAAAGAACCAGCAGUUCCUCUGGGAAGAGAAGAGGACAGAAAGGGAAGUCCCUAUGGGCAGUGGGUUCCUGUCAAGAAGGAGAAGAAGAAAACGUUUUCAAACUUCUCACCCAAAAGUGCACCAUUGCGGGCACGCUAGCGUAUUUUUCGUGCUGUCUCUGACCGCAGCAUUUUGCAUACUUCAGUAGUGAUCUGAAAUUUUCUGAUCAGGUUGAAGACUUGUUAAUACUCAGUAUUUAUUUUGAGAUCUUAAUUUUGGAAUCUUAGGUUUCUCUUUCAGAUAUAGAGCACAGUGAUC